UGUUUGCAAACGCACGGGUCGCCACAAGGCAGCGACGGAAUCCGGGGGAAAGCCUGCAUUUUGUAUUCCUCUGUACUUGUGAUUAUUAUUUUUUUUUUUAAACAUGUCUCUGCAUGGUGUUCGAAAUUAACCGUCUAACAAUGUUUUCCCGGCACCGAUUCUACCCUGGAACUGAGGCCACGUAUAUCGCAAAUGAGAACGGGUGGGUCGGUAAUGUACAGUAGGAAAAUAACUGCUAUCUCGAGGUCCAAGUUGAGGCCUGCAUGUUAAAGAUCCCUUUCCUCCCAUCCUGAAUCUCAUCGUGAUGACUGAGGAUCAACAACAACAUGAUCAGCUCCCGAAGCUGGCCUCUGGAAUAAGCACCUUACCAUCCCUAGUUCCUGGACUGCAAGGGACUGAGGCCAAUGCGUUGCAGCUCAAAAUAAAGAAUUCCAUCUGUAAAUCUGUACAGUCAAAGGUGGACAAUAUUUUGCAAGAUGUGGAGACGUUUACAGACAUCGAGAAACUCUACCUCUACCUUAAGUUGCCUUCUGGUCCCAGCAACAGUGAAAAAAGGACUGAGAGAGGGUCUGCCAGUCCUGGAGAACUGUCAUGCAGUGAUCAGAGCUCCAUGUCAUCAAGUCGCACUCAGCAAAUGCACGCGUUCAACUGGAUCCGUAAUCACCUAGAGGAACACCCAGAAACCUCUCUGCCCAAACAGGAGGUCUAUGACGAGUACAAGAGCUAUUGUGACAAUCUCUGCUACCACCCACUGAGUGCGGCGGACUUCGGAAAGAUCAUGAAAAAUGUAUUCCCAAACAUGAAGGCACGUCGACUUGGCAUGAGAGGCAAAUCAAAAUACUGCUAUAGUGGACUAAGGAAGAAAGCCUUUGUCCACAUGCCAUCUUUACCCAACCUGGAGUUACAUAAAACAGGGGACGGGUGUGAGGUACUGGAGGCCUCAGGUCAGCUGUGCAGUGCGGAGGAAGAGGUGCGCUCUGCGGCCUGUGGCCUGGUGUGUGAGUGGGCCCAGAAGGUGCUGAGCCGCCAGUUUGAUGCUGUGGAGGACCUGGCUCGCUUCCUCCUCAACAGCCACUACAUCGGCACCAAAUCUGUGGCAGCCCUCACGGUCAUGACUGGUACUCCAACAGGAGUUAAAACGCCACUCCCAUCCUCAGCAUUUGCACCCACAGCUGAAGCCCACUCCUUCCAGUCCCAAGUGAAGACCCUGCCCUCUCCCUCCAUCGAUGCCAAGCAGCAGCUCCAGCGGAAGAUCCAGAAGAAGCAGCAGGAGCAGAUGCUGCACUCCCCCCUCCCCGGAGAGGCUCAGGCCAGGCGGGCUGACGGGGGCACGCCUGGGGUCGGCUCCAUUACAUGUAGAAGCCCAGCCCUGCUCUCCCCACAUCCCACCAUUGGCAUUAUGGUAGCUGCAGUCCCCAGCCCCAUCACGGUCCAAAGGAGCAGGCAGCUGAUGUCCCCCAGUCCUGUGGGAACUUCGGAGGGCAAGAUUCUGCCUGUCAACUUCCAAGUGGUGACACAGUCAAUGCAGCCUGUCAAGUGUCCCAAGACCCCUCAGAAUAUCCCAGCCAGCCCUGUUGGGGACCGCUCUGCCCGGCACCGGUAUGCCCAGAUCCUGCCUAAACCCUCAGCCACCAGCGCCAUCAACCUGCGCUCGCCCCCCACCCUGCUCAUCACCAACAGCCCCAUCAAGACUGUGAUGCAGCCCACACCCCACAUCAGCUCUGUCAACGUGGUCAAGAUGACUACCAUAUCCCUGGCUCCCAACUGCAGUACUACAACCACCCUAACCAACACCACCUUAAGGCCUGCCUCUGCUGGCAUGGGCAGCACUGUAGCCCUGGAGGAGAGCAGACCCAGCCCACGGGCCAGGAGUGGGUCUGCGGCCCCCAUCCUGUCCCCCUUAGCCAGGUCAGGCCGGGCCACCACCACCCCUACCAUCGACAUCAAGAUGAUGGAGGGUGAAGCCAUACGUGAGGGCAGUCCGGCCCUGGGUGCUAGCAGGCUUACUAUGGCUCAGGAAGCUGCAGGGGGGCAGAGGGCUGGAGGAGCUGUACCAAGGGCUGCCAGUGUGCCCAUGCCUCACACUAAAGGCUCCCUGGGACUGGAGGCAAUGGCUGGAACCAAAUGCAACAUAAAGUCCUCUUUGAGCAACAACCCUGUGGCAGCUACAGCUGGUAGCAAUAAUAACACCAAUAACGAAAGCACUUUGUAUUUGACGGUCUCCAAUCAGAAUACCAGCACCACUCUGUCACCAAAUGGCGGCACUGUUGCCACAUCACUCAUCGCCUCCAAGAGCCCCAGGAAGCGCCCAGGCAUCGGCCCAGAGUUUUAUCCCAUGCCUGUCAAAAGGGUCUUUAUCUCCCAGCAGCCUCUUGGGGGUUCCGAUGGUUACAGACAUGGGAUUGGUGCAGGAGUGAAGAAACUCCCCAGGGCAGGAACCCCGGUCAGACCUGAAAGUGCACCAGCCAUCGGUAAAGUUACUGUGAAACUGAACUCCACUGUCCCAACUCGAAUCCUGUCACUCUCUGAUUCCCCCAUCGGAACCAGAGGCUUCCAGACUGUUGUCAAGCCACAGAACUCCGUGCAGAGAAGAGACACUCUGACCACCAUGGACACUAGCAGCCUCGGCAACGUUAGUGCCCCGGCUGGUCAUGCACGAAUUCAGCACCAGCCGCACAUGACGGGUAACAUGCAAUCCAUGCCCAACAGCUCUGCCCUACUGGAGCAGUCUACUGUGAGUGACCUAAGGAACACCAUGUGGGUCGGGGGCCAGCUGGAGGGAGGUAAACAACAGCAGCAGCAGGCCUACGCCCAGCAGAUCACAGACCACAAGCAGGCAUCCACACCGGUCAUGGAGCCCCUGGCCAUGAUGAGCCAGGCCCCAGCCUCGAGCCAGCUCUCCAUGCAGACAGACAUGGACUACUUCCAUUUCAAUGAUGACGAUAUGACCCAGGACAGCAUUGUGGAGGAGCUGGUGCAGAUGGAGGAGCAGAUGAAGCUCAACAGCAGUCUGCAGGCCUUCGGAGCUGAUGUGACGGUGCAAGGCCAUCAGUCUGUAAUACAGGGCAACAUGAUGUCCUCCAACCAGACAGUGACCCCUUACUACCAAUCAGUACACAGCAGCACCACCCCUGUCCACACCCCCACCCCAACUCUCACACCCACCUCUGAGAUGAUGGGAGGAGGCCAGGGCCUGACUAGGGAGAGCCCCUGCUCCCGCAUGGCCCCCACCACCCCAGUGGACAGUGCCCUGGGGAGCAGCCGACACACCCCCAUCGGCACUCCACACUCCAACUGCAGCGGCAGCGUGCCCCCCAGCCCUGUGGAGUGCAGGAACCCCUUUGCCUUCACUCCCAUUAACUCCAGCAUUACAGGCUACCACGACGGCAGCAUUGUCUCCAGCAGCCCCGUCAAGCCCAUGCAGAGGCCCAUGGCUACUCACCCAGACAAGGCCAAACUGGAGUGGAUGAACAAUGGUUACAACAACAGCGGGGGGAACUCCAUCAACGGCAUCAGUAUCCUCCCCAGCUAUCAGGACCUGGUCGACGACCACUUCCGAAAGCCCCAUGCCUUCGCCAUCCCUGGCCAGUCCUAUCAGUCUCAGACGAGGCACUACGGCCGCCUGACACCCAUCUCUCCGGUGCAGCAGCAGGCAGCCAGUAUGGCCAACCUGAACAAGCAGGAGGGCUUUGCUGUGCCCGCCCCUCUGGACAACAAGGCCACCAGCACAUCCUCGGCAGGCGGGACCUUCCGCUGUCGUAGUGUGAGCCCUGCCGUGCGACAGCGAAACCUGAGUGGCAACCAGGGCCUGCAGAACAUCCCCCGAACAGUGGUGUCCCCCUUCACCUCCCCCGUAAUCCCCGAGAUGAUCAACAUCUUCGCCAACAGCCAUGGGGACGUCAGCGUCAGCAGCAUGGCACAGAGGAGCCAGUCUGUGCCUGUCAAUGUGAUGAUGCAGACGGAGGUGCUGCCCAUGCAGGGCCAGACCAACAGCAAGAAGAUCACCAACGUGCUCCUAAGCAAGAUGGACGGGGACAGUGACGACGCAGUGCGGGGCCUGGGAAUCAACAACCUGCCGUCCAACUACACAGCCCGCAUGAACCUCACCCAGAUCUUAGAGACCACGCCCAGCUUUUCCAGCAGUGCCAACCACCAGACUCUGACUUCCAACGCUCCGAAUGCGUACGAGUUUCAGAAGCCAGGUUACCUCAUGAAGAACUCUAGGAACGAACAGAUGAGUCUCUCAGCAGGUGACAGCCAAGCACAAUCAGCUACUGGAGAAGAGCAGCAUCAGCAGAGCCAGCCUAUGCUGCUGGCCCAGAAACUUCAACAGCAGCAGCUAGAUUUCAGCACCACCGUUAAAGACCUCUUAGCGGACGGGAGCCUUACUCCUGGCAAUCGGCUCGUGAGGCAGGUGUCAGAACUCAACGCUGUGGGGUCUGAUUUUCGACUGACCUCUGAUCUUUCCAGUAGCAUCAAUGACCUGAACAAUUUGGACACAAACCUUCUGUUUGACCCCAAUCAGCAGCAGGGACAAUAUGAAGAUUCUACACUGGAGGAACUGAAGAAUGAUCCGCUGUUCCAGCAGAUUUGCAGCGAGACUGCGAAUUCCAAUGGAUUUGAUUGGCUGGAAAGUAAAGACCAGCCCACAGUUGGGUUAAUGGGUUAAUAUGGGCUCUGCUUUUAUUUCAUGAGGGUGAAAUAGUUUUUUAAAAAUCAUCUUUGUAAUUAUUCACAUUGACAUUGUAUAGCACACUGCAACACUCUGGAAACAAUGACUUUUGUCCAGUCUAAGUGCCAGGCUGAACAUAAAUGAUCACUCUUACAAAUAUGCUGGUUUUCUCUCACAGCUCAUCGCUGGUGCUGACUCAUCCAUUUCUCCCUCUUUAGACAUAAAGUCAUUCAAGAGCAUUUAAAUCAAGAGCGUAGUAGAACAAGUAUUUUUACAUUUUCAGGAGGACACAGAAGAUAUGAAGAGAUCUCUUAAAGAUUACAAACAUCUAUCAUUUUGGUUAAUAUUUUUGUUCAGGAGCUCUUGACUAAAACAAGAGGUUUGGCAAAUAAUUGGUAACUUUUCCUCCCUCUGUAAAUUAUUUUACUUCCAUUGAGAUAAAGUGUAUAUUCAGAUCUAUCAGACAAAUCAUUUGGAACUGCUUUAGAAGCAUACUGUUGUGCAAGAAUGUUAAAUGGGGUGUAUGUUCACCUAAUAUGUCCCUGUCCAUCUCAAUGAAGAGUUGAGAUACCGAGACUAUUGUACAUGACCUUGAGUGGGCAUUUGCAGUAGCAUGCAGUGGUACUAAUGUUUCUCAUUGUUUCAAGUCUUCUUAAGGAUUGCAGGUGCUUCCAGGUGCAAGACAAAUCAAUGGUUUUAAAAAAUCCCCCCUAAUCUGUAAAUAAAAAUGAUCAUUGGUCUACUUAAAGACCCAUGUUUUAUAUAUUUCCACACUGAGGUUGGAAUAAUACUGUGAAAAUUAAAUAUUGCCCUUUUAAAUAUUGCCCUUUUAGUGUAGGAGCUGUUUGAAAAGACUGCCUGAAACUUCAGCCUGUUUUAGUGAGAUUUUUGGCCUGCAUGGUGACAUCACCAGGCAGUAAAUUUAGUUAAUAGACCAAUAAGAAAGAGUUACAAACCUUCUGGCAAUAACAGCUAGCUUUUAGGUUUCCCCUCCCCACUCAGUCCUAGCAAAAUUCUUGCUUGAGAAUUUGUUCUUUGCCAAGAAGCUAUUUUUGUUACUUUUUGACCAUUGUUUUCAAUUAAAUCACAGUAAGGUACUUAAAGAAAGGAUUUGAUAUUGAGAUAAAAACAGCUGCGUUGGACCUUUUAACGUACAUUGUUUGCAAUGAUCUUGAAGGCAAACUAGUUCCAUUCUCUCAGAAUUGGUAUUUUUACAAGUAGGAAAAUGGCAGCUGUUUUGAAAAGGAAUCUGUGUGACUACAGAAUAUUAUUCAAACUAUAGAUUUAAAGGUCAAGAUAUACUGUCUGUAUACUAAACUUGUCAGAAGAUGUCUGAUUGUCCGUUUUGCUGACACGUUAUGCAAACUUGACAAAUAAGAUAUUGCCCACUCAAAUUCCAGUGUGCAUGGUACAAAAAAUAUAGCCUAGGAAAUCGAAAUUUUAAUUUGAUUGAUGUAUGGCUUUUCACCUUUUCAAAUUUCCUCAUGUCCCAGUAGUUAAUGCACUUUGAGUACAGCGAAACUGAGAGCAGGUAGCUGAAGAACAACAAAUGUUAUCUGUUAAUGUUGUUGUUUUUUUAGGCUUGCUUCACACACAUUUUGCCCUGCUGACGUUCUUACUGUAGUUGAGCUCCCCAGUGUCAAAAGGAAAGGAUUGGUUUGUUUGGAAUAGUAUGGGUUUAUGAGACUUAAAACAAUCAUAAUAGAGACCUGUAAUGGGGAUGAUAGCUUGCACUUUAGUGGCUGCAGAACUAAAGGGGAUGGACUUUAAGAUGGAGCUCAAAAGACAGUUAAAUCUUGUAUGCAGAAUGCAAGAUGCAGAAGAUGACCUUUUUCACCUAUAUCGAGUUUAAGACUUGCGUAGGGCACUGGUGGGGAUUGUUUUAUUUACCUUCUUUGUGACUAUUUAGCAGGUAUCAUCUUAAUUAACAGAAAUAUAUUGAUUUAAGGAAGUGGAGGAAUAUAUGAAUAGGAAUUUAACCUUAUGACACCCCUAUACCAAAGUAUAUUGACUGGAGAUGACCCUGCCCUGUUUCAGUCAUGUAUCUAUUUGGGGAAAAAUACUUUCCUGGUUCUGAUUUAUUUUAAAACUAUGCAUUUUUUACUUAUCAAAGCAGGUUACUGCAGGUUUAUGUAAAUGUCUGUCAUUUUCCCCUUCUCUUUUUAUUUGUUUCAUGUGUGUUACAUACAUUCAGUAAAACGUGAUGGAUAUGAAGUAAUUUAGAUUAAAUUCAAUUAGUUUUCCUUCUAUGGUAAAUUCAAACAUAUUAUGCCAUUGGAUAUUCAGUCCUUCCUAUAAAAAAGGCACUAAAGUGCAUAAUUUACUGUCAUACAUUGAAAGCUAUUCCCCUUACAUUAGUCUAGAUCCAGUAGAAAAUACAAUAUUAUGGAAUACUGUAAUACAGAAUUACAUAAACAUUUGUAUAAAUUGUCAUUUUCUUCCUUGAAUAAUGUUCUUGUUGAGUUCAUUAAUGCACUGCAUUUUAUUCGAAAGUGAAGGGACGUGUUUCACCUGGAGUCAAAAAAGGCAUUUCUUGGUAAAGUACGGGUCAUCUAUUACAGGUUUAAAUAGCUGAUAGUAUAGUGAAAAACAGUGUGUGAAUAAGGCAUGCAACUCAUAAAGGGAAUAGCUAAUUGGUCAGAUCCUGUGGUUUUUAUGAGCUUUUAAUCUUCUGAGCCUUAUAUCCAUACCAAAGAAAAACGAAUUAGUGACAGAAAAAAAGCAUUAAAUAGGAUUUACAUUUUUUUAGAAGAACCGACAAAAUUCCCAGCAUUUGCCUGUUUGCCUGACAUCUGUCAAAUACCUUUUUAUAUGGCCAUUUUGAAUUGUCCUUAUUUCAGGUAGGAUGGUUGAAAAUGAAUAAUUUGAGGAAAUUUUGAAACUGGCAACUGAUCUGUAGCACUGGAAAACAUGCUGAAAACCACACUACUGUUCUGGUUUAUAAAAACCAAUGUAGCAGGACAAUAUUGGGGUUAAUUCAGUUGACUGUUGUAAGUGUUCCUCUCAUUUUGAACCCCACAGUUUGUACAUAUGAAAGCUCUGACACUGUAUUGUUAUAACUUAAACUGGUUCUGUGCACCUGCACCCUCUGAAAUGCUAUAUUGGUGAUUUUAGAUCAGGAGCCAGCUAAACUGUGCUUGUGUGUUUGGCUGCUGGUGCCCUUUCUUGUACAGAUAAUGCUGUUUUUUUCUAAACUUUAUUUUUAUUUUUUUUGUUUUGAGAUUUAUAUUGGUUGGCUUUUUACAGAAGACGUCUGCUUCGAGUGAGAAAAUAGCAUGGGUAUUUUAAAAAAGUAUUAUAUAUUAGCAGGUUGCAUAGCUGUCUUUCUCUGACAGAUUUUGUGCCCAGAACAUUGCAAUGGACAUCGGAAUGUCAUGGUUAAAAUUUCCACCAGCUUUGAAGGUUCAUGUUAUUGCACUAAACAUUUAAUGAACCCAGGCUUUGGCACCCAUUUUAGGACAAAUGCAUUAAUUGAAGCUCCCCAAAUAUUUUUUUAAAGAGCUUAACUACGUGAAAAAAAUUAUAUACAGAAGUGUCAAUUUAAAAAAUGAACGCUAAUUGUCUUGUGUAGCAAUGUACAUUAAUCUCAAUGAGAUACUUUUUUUUUUUACUUCAUUCUCAUACAUGAGAAUAUGAAACUCAACUUAAAGAAACAUUUUAACAAAUAUUCUCAAAUAAAUCUUUCACAUUGUUAAAUGAUAUGUGUGCAUGUUUGUAGAAUUCUAUUGUACAAAGUAUUUGUAGCCACUUUGCUGUAAUUCAGGAUUGGUCCUGUCAAUCUGAACAGAAAGGUAUAGCGACUCACAAGUUACUUGCAUUGUUUGAUGUUUACUAAUUCAGAGUAAUAUUUGUUCUGUAUGUUCAGGUUUUGAAUCUGUACUUUUUAUUUAGAUGUUUUUACUUUUUUUAUGUAACUCUGUGAAAUAGUUUUUUCUUUCAGAAACCAUUGAAAAUAAGCACUGAUGUUUGUACUUAAACAAAGACUAAUCCUGUCUGUUCUUCUUUAAGUGCACAGGGGCAGCUGAGUCCUGUGCUGUACCUUUCACAGACCUGGUAUAAAGUCCCUUUAACCCUCUUCUUCAUCUAGAUCUAUAGGAAUAUCCUAUGCCGUCUUGUUGUUGUCUAGUGUACAGCAGACCGUACAGUAAUUUGAUAAAGUUGCUGUAGCAUUUCAGCAAAGUUUCCUUUUUUUUAAUUGAAAGUGCUCACUGAUGUUGAGAUUUUUUUUUAAGGGUUUUAAAAACCAAUAAACUUUUUUUAAAUACUUGGA